AGGUGCCGUAGUCUGUUGGUUCGGUACAGAAUCAGACACUGCUGAAAUAUAAGUGAAAUAAACAGCUAGCAACAUAAUAAUAUCAUGAGUCGUUCGUACAAUGACGAGUUACAAUAUUUGGACAAGAUUGACAAGAACUGCUGGCGAAUCAAGAAAGGUUUCGUCCCAAAUAUGCAGGUGGAAGGAGUGUUUUACGUCAACGAGUCCCUGGAGAAGCUGAUGUUUGAGGAGCUGCGUAACGCGUGUAAAGGAGGAGGUUUUGGUGGGUUUCUCCCUGCCAUGAAACAGAUUGGUAACGUUGCAGCUCUGCCGGGAAUAGUCCAUAGGUCUAUCGGCCUGCCAGACUGCCACUCGGGGUAUGGGUUCGCCAUCGGAAACAUGGCUGCCUUUGACAUGAGCGACCCCAACGCUGUCGUAUCCCCAGGUGGUGUGGGCUUUGACAUUAACUGUGGAGUGCGUCUACUAAGGACCAACCUAGACGAGGGAGACGUCCAGCCUGUCAAGGAGCAGCUGGCUCAGGCCCUGUUUGACCACAUCCCUGUCGGAGUCGGCUCCAAGGGAGUCAUCCCUAUGACCGCCAAGGACCUAGAGGAGGCUCUAGAGAUGGGAGUGGACUGGUCCCUGAGAGAAGGCUAUGCCUGGGCAGAGGAUAAGGAACACUGCGAGGAGUAUGGCAGGAUGCUGCAGGCCGACCCCAACAAGGUCUCCUCCAAGGCCAAGAAGAGAGGCCUGCCUCAGCUGGGUACUCUGGGAGCAGGGAACCACUAUGCAGAGAUCCAGGUGGUGGAUGAGAUCUAUAAUGACUAUGCUGCUAAGAAGAUGGGCAUCGACCACAAGGGCCAGGUGUGUGUGAUGAUCCACAGUGGCAGCAGGGGGCUGGGCCACCAGGUGGCUACAGAUGCCCUGGUUGCCAUGGAGAAGGCGAUGAAGCGAGACAAGAUCCAGGUGAACGAUCGCCAGCUGGCGUGCGCCCGUAUCUUUUCAGAGGAGGGACAGGACUACCUGAAAGGAAUGGCCGCCGCCGGCAACUAUGCCUGGGUCAAUCGCUCCUCUAUGACCUUUCUCACACGACAGGCAUUUGCCAAGGUGUUCACCACCACUCCGGAUGACCUGGACAUGCAUGUGAUCUAUGACGUGUCUCAUAACAUCGCCAAGGUGGAGGAACACAUGGUAGAUGGGAAACAGAAGACUCUGCUGCUGCAUCGCAAGGGAUCCACCCGGGCCUUCCCUCCACACCACCCUCUCAUCCCUGUAGACUACCAGCUGACAGGCCAGCCGGUGUUGAUCGGGGGCACGAUGGGCACCUGCAGUUACGUCCUGACGGGCACAGAGCAGGGCAUGACGGAGACCUUCGGUACCACCUGCCACGGCGCGGGUCGGGCUCUGUCUCGGGCCAAAUCCCGCAGGAACAUAGACUUCCAGGACGUGUUGGACAAGCUGGCAGACCAGGGUAUCGCCAUCAGGGUGGCUUCGCCCAAACUAGUCAUGGAAGAGGCUCCAGAGUCAUACAAAAACGUGUGUGAUGUCGUCAACACGUGUCACGAUGCUGGAAUCAGCAAGAAGGCCAUCAAACUACGACCCAUCGCCGUCAUCAAGGGAUAAGGCUGCUCCGCUCUGCUAGUGACGGUAUAGGCCACGGCACUCCAUCCAGGAGCCAAUCACCAGGCAGAGAGCUGGCAGAGGAGAAGUGUCUGACUGCGAGCGAGCAUGUCCGGUCUUCAUAAACAGACUUGACAAGGGAUAUGUUUCCUCAGCUCCACUUCCUGUUUAUGACCAGUAUGACUUUUUGACGUGGGUGGUGAUUUGUCCGUUGAGUGAUCAAUGAAAUUGGACAGGAUGGGCUCUUUAAUAUUGUAAAGUUUGAGAGGGUGACGUGUCUUGGGUUUACUUUUCAUUCAUUCACUGUGGAAUAUCACCUUGAGAUUCAGGUUAAACCACAGAUAAUAAAAUACAAGAGAACAGAUUGAUCUACUUGCAUUUAAUGCCUGGUAGUCACUUUGUUCCAACAUCUGAAGAUAAUAAACACUAAAGCUU